AUGUCAUCUGCAACCUCCGGCAAUGGUUACCACAUUGGGACUCACCGCCUCUUCGCCGGCAAGUCUCGCCCCUACCUCGAAGACACCAACAUUCCCAUGGUCGUACGGGGACCAGGCAUCCCAGCAGGUGCUACGUCGAAGAUCCCCAGCACCCACAUCGACUUCGCUCUCACUUUUCUCGAUAUCGCGGCCGUGGCGGAAGCUGAUCAUCCGAAGCUGUUCGACGGCCGGAGCCUGCUUGGCGAGUGGAAGAACGCGAAUAGCGAGGCCGCAGCGCAGUGUCGAUCGCGAGAUCAUCCAUGUCGAGUUUUGGGGCCAUUUAGGCAACGAGAUCACCGGAGGAACAUCGCAGGGAGCUACCCACAAUCAUUGAGCAUAGCAGUUCCUUCAAAACUAUCAGCUGUUCCGACCCCCGCGUUCCCCCUCCGAGGCAAGCGGAUCGGAGUCAAAGAGCUAUUCGCCCUUCGAGGGCUUCACAUGGCUCUGUCGAACCGCGCAUUCUACGCCGUUGCCAGCCCGGCAGAGCACACCGCGCCUGCCAUCCAGAAACUUCUCGAUGCUGGAGCCAUUUUGGUCGGCUCGACUAAAUGCAGUUCUAUGACUUCCAGAGAAGAUCCAGCCGAAACUGUUGAUUUCAUGGCACCAUGGAACCCAAGAGGUGAUGGGUACCAGUCACCAGUGGGAAGCAGUAGCGGCAGUGCGGCUGGUGUGGCUUCCUAUGACUGGCUUGACUUCACCAUUGGCUCCGACAACGGCCCGCCUUUGUCAAUGGCUGUUCUCAGCACCGAUUUUCGCACGAUGCCUUUUCUCUUGAAGGCGUUCGACCAUGCUACGAAACUGCUACCCGUUGCUGUAUCUUUCUCCUCCAGGAACCAAUGCCAUGUUAGCAAGGACGUUGAGAGCUACAUUUUCUCGAUCGGGGCGCCCUCUUGCGGUGAAAACUGGUCGCAAUAUGUACGAUUAGAGAGACCAUUUCCUCAUGAUCUGGGCGACCUCAUGUGGUUUUCAGCCGCUGGGAAGGAUGAUUGCCACUAG